GGUACAGAACGAACAUGAAGUUUUUUUCGUCUGUAUUAUACUUUGCUCAUUACUAUAACGUGAGCUGCAUUGGAAAGAGUAUAAGUGAGGGUUUCCGCUAAACAUCACAGCCGUUUGUGUAGCGAAGCAAAUAUGUCGAAACGAAAGGCGUUUUUCGACGCUGCGUGUAAAGAAAACGCGGACGACUUCCUUCACUUCAUCCGUCUUCAUAAGGACAAAACAGAUCCCUUUGAUGUGGAAGAAGUGGUGCAGGAGAUGCCUAAUGACCAGAGGGAGGGUCUGUGGAAAAAGUUAGCUGCACUCCUUCAGGACGUCCUGACUGAUAGCCCUCCGGAGGAGAACAUGCAGGCGGAUCGGAGGGAGCAGAGUAUGGAAGAAGAGACAAGUCCACCUCCUGAAAACAUCGUUUCUGUGGUUGAUGGCGUCACAAUAGUGGCCACAGUGUCGUUAAAUGUCCUUCAAGACGGUGAUACCUACAAUGGCCUUCUCCAAAUAGCCAACCAUCUUCACGGUCUUCUGGUGUCACAGCAGAUUUCAGAUCCACAGAUGCAUCAACACAUUCACACGCUGUUUGAAGUUUGGUGGAAAAAGGAUCUCACUGACAAAGCAAAGUUUGGCCGCUCUGCUUUGUUUGUGUCUUUGCAGAAAUGCUUUACUCUCAAAAAAAGUGGUGCUGAGAUUCAAAGACUGUGGAAUCUACACUCUGUUAUCCUGACUCUGGACUACAAGUCUGAGGACAACAGACAGAUUGUAGACUUGCUACUUCAGUGUUUUCACUCUCCAAGCUUCAUUAGAAAUGACGAUGGAAAGAGAUUCCUCGUGUUUCUUUUCAGCUGGGACAUAACCUUCAUCAGUGCCAUUCAUGGAACUGUGAAAAAUCAACUGGAGUUCUUCAACAGCACUGCAACCAGCAGUAUUGCAGAAAUCUACUUCAGAGCGUGGAAGAAGGCGAGCGGGGAUUUCCUCGACAAGAUUGAGAGUUCCUGUAUCCAGGAUUUGAUGCAAAAUUGCAUCCUCUUACACAGAGCAUCUCCUGUCCAUUCCAAAGUCCGACAGAUUAUCAGCCAUUUCCACUCCAGAAAAGGAUGCACAAGAUUAGACAAGAUGCUGCAUAAUCUCUACAAGCCUAUUCUUUGGAAAGCUCUAAGUGCGCCAAACUUUGAAGUCCGUGCAAAUGCGGCCUUGCUUUUUACCGAGGCCUUCCCCAUCCAUGAUCCGAGCGAAACCAAUGAGCAUGUUGACAAGAAUAUCCAAAGGCAGUUGGAUGCUGCAAUGAAUCUGCUUGAUGAUCCUCAUCCCAGUGUGCGCUGCAAUACCACACUGGGCGUUUGUAAGAUUCUGGCCAAGUGCUGGGAGCUUCUUUCCCCGACCAUCAUCACAGAUUUUCUGAAGAAGCUGGUAAUGGAACUGGCAACUGACAACAGCAGCCCUGAUGUUCGCUGCUCUGUUUUCAAGAGUUUGAGCCUUGUCUUGGACAAUGCCCUGAGCCACCCUCUUCUGGAGAAGCUCCUGCCUACUCUAAAGUACAGCCUUCAUGACUCCUCCGAGAAAGUUCGCUCCGCUUUCCUUGACAUGCUCAUCAAGGUCAAAGCAGUUCGUGCAGCCAAGUUUUGGGACGUGUGCAGCAUGGAGCAUUUGCUCGCUCGUCUCGCCAUCGACUCCACCUCCGUUUCCAAGCGGAUAGUCAGCCUGCUCUACAUGUCCUUCUUUCCUGUCAACGAGUCAGAGAGGGAGUGGUGCUCUCGGUGCAUCACUCUCAUUCAAAUGAACCCUAUGGCUGCUCGCAAAUUUUACCAAAAUCUUUACAGACACACUGCCCCGACCAACAUGAUUAAGAUGAUGUUGGCAAUUCGUCGUCUUCUGAACUCCUGCAUCAACGCCGACUUCGACAGGACCGACCUCAGUGACCCCAACAAGGAAAACAGCAUUCAAAGUGAGCACGACCUGAUGGCCAAGGAUAUGGCUUUGGUGGCCAGUUUGCUGGAAAUCAUCGUUAUCUUGUGGAGAAGUGUAGACAAAGCCCUCAAGCAAAAUGAGGAGGCGAUGAACUACACAUACUCAAAGUUUGGCAGCGUUGUGUCCAAGUACUUCACUGUCUUUCAGAGCGAGCGAUGCACUGCCUCUCUCAUACAAUUGGCAUCCCUUAUGCCACCAAAUUCAGUGCCAACAUUCAGCUGCGGUGUGUUGUCCAAGCUGAGGAAAAUGGAUUCUAGCGUUUCAGUGCAGCAGUACAGCCAGUUGUUAGACUGCUUGUGCGCAUGGGGUCAGGCAGCUGUCCUUCUUGAGCUGGUCACUGACUGGCUCACCAAUGGUCUCCCAAAGAACGGGGACACAGUGAAUGUGGGUAGAAAAGUACGCAUCGCAGAGACUGAUGAGGCCAAACCGGACCUGGCUCUGGCCUACAUUGAAUACCUUUUCAGUCACUCGUCGACACGAGAGAAAGUCCUAGCCCUUGGUCAGAGUCGUGUGAAGCCGUUGUAUACAGCUCUUGGGAAUUGGAAGUCGGUGCUCUACACUCAUUUAAACUCCACGGCAGAACUGGAGAAAACUCCCAGCGUGGAUGUUGCUCUGAAAGCCUUCAUUUAUCAUGGUCGCCUGGGAGCGCAUCUGCAGCAUACUCUGUCUGAAGGACGAGACUACCUGCUGUCGUUGGAGCAUGUUGCAGCGUGGGUGGCAGAGAGAGUUCUGCCCUUCCUGACCAAAUGUUCUGAAAAAAGUGGUGACUUGAGUGAGCAACCGCUGGCUGCUCAAAUAAUAGAGAGUUUCCUGUUGGUGUGUCGUGACGUGUUGCUUGUUGGUUUGGCUGACGAGAAUUUCAAGGGUGGAAUCCUCCAUCUUUGUUCCCUCAUCCUUCACUCUGAAGCAGGCUACUUUUGUAUCCCUGGGAUUCUGUCCGUGUUGAAAGAGGUGGUGGACACGUUCGAGCCUGACAAAGACAGUCCACAGGAUGAUGCGGAAGACCCAACGAUUGUACUGCUGGGUGUGGUGGCCAAUAUUUUCCAGAAGAUCAUUGAGCUGUUGGCUCGUAGGCUGAAGAAAGAGCCAGAGGAUGGACGUCAGCUGUGCCAGUCAGCUGUGCCUGGUCUGGUGGACUUCCUCCAAGUAGCCCAAAUGUGGGACAGACCUCCCCUCAUUGGAGUCUUUUCAACUCUGUUUGCUAUCAUCAUCGUGGAGAAGAGGCACUCACUUCAGAAGAUGAACCACCCAGAAGAGGUGAUCACCCCAGAAUCAGUGGAGGACAUGCCUCCUCUGUCGAGUGUCCUCUUGUCCGUCAUCCUAAAAUCUCGUCUGAUGACCAGGACGUUUUUGUCAGAACUCGGCUCGUCUCUGGAAGCCGAGGCCAUCGACAGUCUCGUCGAAUUGGCUGCCGUCCUGCACGUGCUGGCCGUCAUCAGACACCAUGGACAGUCAAAAGCUCCCUUGAAAAGUGUAGCCAUCUCUGUCCAGCAGAAUCUUCUCAAGCACAGUGUCUCAAAUGGGGAUAACAGUGACAUCCAGAGAGCCAUUUACGACUCUUCUGUGAAGACAUUGAACGAGAUUUUGGAUUCAUAACUCAUUAUUCCAAAUGAACAUUUUGGUAUUUUCAUGACAGUAUGAUUUAAGCAUGUCUCACUGAUUAAUUUUGAAAUUAAAAUACAUACUGG